ACUUCUUGUCUGCCGAGAAUCCUCUUCAGUGUACUUCUACUUUUCUACUUUAAUGUGGUAGUGAACUGCACGGUAAGUAUUUUCACAUCGAUAUCAUGCAUGAUCUACUCUCAAAUUAAAUGCGUCGACAUUAAAUAGAUCUCCUUUUUUACCAUUAUGCAACUUGUUCUCCAUAUGUAUUUUUUAUUUCAAUCAGUAUUUUACUUUUCCUUUUUAAACUAUACUCUGGGGUAGAGCUCACUGCCUCUUGCCCAUGCUGACAAUCGUCUGUAUUUGGUGUUGAAUUUGUGAACAGAUUGAAGAGUUUGCGCUUCGCUUCACUGAGGAGGGUACAACUGUUAGGGAAGAAAUAGACGUCGAUGCUGAAGGCAAAACAGAAGUUAUACGUGUACCUGCACAUAACAACAAAGCACCAAUGGAUGUGAUGAAUGACUUCAUCUCGGUAAGUAAUGUGUGUUAA